CGUACCAUAACUUAUGUCGGUAUGCAAAUCAACAACCGGAGAAAUCGCCGGAGAAUGAGAUGCAGUGGUACGUCGUCGCAUCGCUCCUGACCCUUCUCACCAGUUCUCAGGGAAUUUUGACUACAUUGUCACAGAGUAAUGGGGGAUACAAGUAUGACUAUGCAACUAUUCCUUUUCUUGCUGAGAUCUUCAAGCUUCUUGUAUCUAGCAUCUUCCUGUGGAGGGAGUGUAAGAAAUCGCCUCCUGCCAGGAUGACAACAGAAUGGAAGUCUGUUCGAUUAUACCCUAUCCCAUCUAUAAUAUACCUCAUCCAUAAUAAUGUUCAGUUUGCCACCCUGACAUAUGUUGAUACAUCCACAUAUCAAAUAAUGGGAAAUUUAAAAAUUGUCACGACAGGAAUAUUAUUUAGGCUGUUCUUGAAGAGGAAGCUCUCCAAUUUGCAGUGGAUGGCGAUAGGUUUAUUGGCUAUUGGAACAACCACAAGUCAGGUUAAAGGAUGUGGGGAGGCGUCCUGUGACUCCCUCUUCUCAUCGCCAAUCCAGGGGUACAUGUUGGGCGUCUUGUCUGCUUGUCUUUCUGCUCUAGCUGGUGUUUAUACUGAAUUUUUAAUGAAGAAGAAUAAUGAUAGCUUAUAUUGGCAGAACGUUCAACUGUACACGUUUGGUGCAAUUUUUAACAUGGCACGACUUAUUUUGGAUGAUUUUAGAGGAGGAUUCGAGAGAGGACCAUGGUGGGAACGACUUUUCAAUGGGUACACCAUCACAACAUGGCUGGUGGUAUUAAAUCUUGGUUCCACUGGUCUUUUGGUGUCAUGGUUAAUGAAAUAUGCCGACAACAUUGUGAAGGUGUAUUCCACAUCAAUGGCUAUGCUACUCACAAUGGUUUUAUCAGUGUUCCUCUUUACUUUUAAACCAACAUUACAACUCCUUUUGGGUAUUAUUAUCUGCAUUAUGUCGCUACACAUGUAUUUCGCACCACCAAGUACGCUUGUAGACUUGCCUCUAGCAGUAAAGGCAGCGCCUCAAAGUGGCAUUGAAGUCUCGGUAAACCGUAGAACAGAUUCUUGAUUCGUCUUCGUUGAACAAACAAUUAUUUGAUAAGACUGGACUGGAUGGGCAAGAAUGAAGUACGCGAGUGAAAGAAUUGUGCAAUCUUUUAAGGUUUUAAUUUGACAUGAUUAAUUUAGUAAUUUAUCAUUUUUGUCCCAUCUCCCUAGUUCUUGUUCCACCAAUUUUGGUGGGACGAAGAAAAUGCAUUUUGUCCCACUCAACAUUCUCCCAUCCGAGUCUAAUGUCUCACCAAACAACGGAUAAUAAGUUUAUGUUCUAUCUUGUCCUCCUUAUGACUUACAUAUGAGAAUGAUUUUUGUCCACAUAAUUUCAUUUAUUCUAUUAUGGUUGAAGGGUGUUUUUGGAAUUAGACCAUUAACUGCUCCAUCCAAAAGAAUAAUGCUGACAUUUGAGUUUAAUGAAAGGUUUUGAUUGUAAAUCAAAUAUCUAAAAUACCCAGAAAAUUUGUGGACCAAAUGGAUAUAGAAAUUGUUAUAUACUUGUUUUUUGGGUAGGGAGGAAGUAUUGUUUAUUCAGGCUUUAUGGGAGAAUCAAUACCUUGGUGGCAGGGUCGGUACCAUCCCAACGACUUCCAUGUGCAUGAUGACUCCAGUUUGGAUCAUU